CUCGAGCAUCACAGCAGACGCAGCUCGUUAAAGAUGCUCUCCCGCUCUGCCUCCCUUCGCCAGCCUCUUCGCUUCCUUACUCUCACUGCUGUAGCUUCCUUCCACCCUCGCUGCAUCCCCUCUCCGCCUCUGCCUCCGCCUCCGCUUCUGUCUUUUCCUCUGUUCCCUCCGUCCAAUUCUGCUUUCUUUCAAUACUCUAAGGCAUUCUCUAGCGGGCGUCGCGACGACGGCGGCGACUGGAAAUUAACCCCCGAGGAAGACGAGGGCGGUUUCGUUUUCCCGGACGAGGGCGACCUUGCAGGGAUUUCUGAUGACGCCCCGGGACCCUCUGGAACCGAGGCGAUCAACGAUGGAGCCGGAAUCACGGAUCAGUGGGGAAAGGGCUCCGGGACAGUUGAUAAAGGGGAUAUUUUUGAUGGCCUCGAUGGAGAGACUCUGGCUAACGAGAACGGGCUUGGAGGAUUAGGCGUGGAGGAAUGGGAGACGGCUGAGGGAUACAAGCCAUGGUCAUUGGUCGACGAUGAUGAAAAAUCGAGCCUGUUCAACGAUGGCGAUGGAGGGAUUGUCGAUGGUGGCGUAGUGGAUUUAGAAAAGUCGAGCGAUGAGCAAAAGCAACAACUUGAGAAGCGAGAGAAAGAGCUAUUAGAUAUUCUAGAAGGUCCAAGACAUGCAUUUGGAGAUCUCACUGAAGCAUCAGGGAUCACAGAUGAUAUGAUUGAUAGUUUGAUUAUAUUGAAGGAUGUAACGGGUGUUCCAGGGUUGCCUCCUCUUAAGGAAAUACAAGAGGAAGCAAUUGCAAAGAUGAAUGCAACAUCAACAAGAACUGAAAUUGAGCGUAAGAAACAAGAGGAGAUUGCAAAAUCUAGAGUUCGUCAGGUGGAUGAAAAGGGUAGAGCAUAUGGAACAGGGAGAAGGAAAUGCAGCGUAGCUCGUGUAUGGAUUAAACCUGGUGAUGGGUCGUUCAUUGUAAAUGACAAGCAGUUUGAUGUUUAUUUUCCCAUUCUUGAUCACCGAGCAGAACUUCUCAGACCUUUCACUGUCACAAAAACUCUCGGUCUCUGGGAUGUAAAUUGCACUGUUAAAGGAGGCGGGGUUUCUGGUCAAGUUGGAGCCAUCCGCUUGGGAAUCAGCAGAGCAUUGCAAUGUUGGGAACCAGGCCUUCGACCUUACCUAAAAGCUGCUGGUUAUUUAACACGUGAUCCACGCGUAGUUGAACGAAAGAAGCCUGGUAAAGCUAAAGCAAGGAAGAGCUUUCAAUGGGUUAAACGGUAGAAGCAGGAUUCUUUUAGCCAACAUUCAUCUUCUACCGAAUUCCUUGGCUUCUUAUUUCUGUUUUGCUGUUCAAAUGACGACGACCUAUGUGAUGUGGCUCAGUUCACCCGCACCUCGUCCAUGCUUCUACAGCUUGCAAUGCACCAUAAACUUGUAGUGAUUAGGUAAAGCAAUGCUUUUUUUUGCUCCAACGUUCUCUUCAAUUUUCUGGUCUUUGUUUAAGCAUUCUGUACACAUGCUUGCUUGUAUUAGAAUUUCAUUGGGGCCUCACUUAACAAUAAAUUCUUAAGCGAACCAUUUUUUAUUUUUAUUUUU